UAGAUAAGAGUUGUACAAUUUUUAGCAUCGCGUCAAAGUAUAUUGAUAAUAUUCAAGUCUUUUGAUGAUCAACUACUGAAGUAUUCUACUGAAAUUUUUGAAGGGGAGAACUUUGUGAUUUAUAUUGUGAUUUAUAUAAAAGAAAAAGAAUGAAAGUGGCCGUAAUUGGAGGCGGAAUAAUUGGUUUGACAACAGCAUUACAAUUAGCUCGUGAAUUACGUAACUCUGAAAUCACAGUUUUCGCUUCUGAUUUUAAUAAUACUGUCAGUCAUGUAGCUGCUGGAAUAUUUAGGGUUGGUUCAUCAUAUUCUGGGCCAACUGAGGAAAUAACAAGAGAUUGGCUGCGAGAUUCGUAUGCAUAUUAUGAUGAUAUUCGAAAAUCUCAUGAAGCUUCUUUCGCCGGUGUAACUGCUAUUUCCGGUUACUUAUUCGCAAAUUCCUCUCCGGAAACCGUAAAGAAUCAGUGGAUGGAAAAUUUAGUACCAAUAUAUAGGAGAGUCACGGAUGAAGAAUUUCAACUAGUCGAGGGUAAUUGGAAAUAUGGGUCAUUUUUUAGUACUCUUCUCACCGAAUGCAAAUUACAUUUGCCAUGGGCACGCAAGAAAUUAGAAGAAAACGGAAUCAAUUUAGCAGUAAAAGAAUUUAAUUCUCUGAGGGAACUUGUUCCCGAUUGGAAUUUAAUUAUGAAUUGCACAGGUCUCGGCGCACGAUCUUUAUGCAAUGAUAGACGUCUCGUUUCUAUGCGUGGUCAAGUACUUAAAGUAAAGGCACCAUGGAUGAAAACGUUCUUCUAUGGCGAGUUGGACACUUACGUUAUACCUGGUUUUAAUGGCAUAGUUACUUUAGGUGGUUCACGAAAUUUUGAUUCCGAAAAUGUGAAACUUUGUCCGCAUGAAUCUGCAGCGAUACGCGAGAGAUGCGAAAAUCUCCUUCCAGGCCUUAAGAAAGCAGAAGUUAUAAAAGAAGAAGUUGGCUUGAGACCAUAUAGAACAAAUAACGUUAGAGUGGAAGUCGAACAUAUCGUAAAUGGGUUUUCUAAAGCUAUUGUAGUGCAUAAUUACGGUCAUGGAGGUUACGGAGUGUGUACUGCGCCUGGAACUGCUAGGUAUGCCAUUAAGUUGGCAAAAGAAAUGCAUAAAUCUUCUAUUGCCAAAUUAUGAUCGAUGAAUAUUACUUUACCUUAAUAUUGAUACGACAUUAAUCUCUCGUAAUUAUAUUCGUUGAAAUUUUACCAUAAUUGCUCACGAAUACAUAGUUUAUUAUUAAUGAAUUUACAUAAAAAAUCAUUAAUACAGGCUAAUACUGUGUGGUAUCAUCAAUGUUAAUUUUCGAACUGUAAAAUUGAUAAAUCCGGAACAAAAAUAAAGUAAUCUUUUCAUUAUCAA